CUCCCGCCUACUUUCGUGACUCGAGUCAAGCAAGUGCCUCCUCCAACUCUUGGUAGCCGACGUUGAUGAAUAUCGGCGCCUAGCUCUUGGCUACUAGGCAAUAGCCGCGGUUAUUGCUAUUUAACCUGUCACUUCACAUCGGCACUCAACUUCAACCCCGCAAACUUCCAAGUUAUCAUCAUUACCGCUGAGAAUACGAAAAGGAACAAAGAAUCAUGUCUGCUACUGUCAGAGUUGUGCCAAAUGCCGCCAAGCGGGCUUCGAGUCUCCUCCGGACAAUUCAGUAUACUCAUCCUCCAUCAUGUCCAUGCCACUCAAACCCGGGUUAUCACCAGCGUACCCCGCCCAAGCUCUCACAGAGCCUGGGAGGCCGACGCUACGCCACGCCUUCGAAUGCCAAUCUGAAGGAGUAUGCCUUUGAAAUGGCAGCGUCAUCUAUUCGCUUUGGCGCUGGCGUGACCCAGGAAGUCGGCAUGGACCUGAAGAACCUUGGGUCACAGAGAGUAUGCGUUGUUACUGACAAGACCGUGGACCAAUUGGAUGCCAUGAGACAAGUGCGAGAGGCCCUUACUCGCGAAGGCGUCAACUUCAAAGUCUUCUCCGACGUGAGGAUAGAACCAAAAGAUAGCUCUAUCAAGGAGGCAAUUGCAUGGGCAAGGCCUUACAACCCAGAUGCAUUUCUUGCAGUGGGUGGAGGGUCCGUCAUAGACACGGCCAAGCUAAUGAACCUGUACACAUCAUAUCCGGAUGCUGAUUUCCUUGAUUUCGUCAAUGCGCCAUUGGGAAAGGGGCGUCCAGUCGACAAGCCUCUUAAGCCGCUCAUCGCAGUCCCAACUACGGCGGGUACUGGUAGCGAAACUACGGGAACAGCCAUCUUCGAUCUCGUCUCGAAAAAGGCAAAGACUGGUGUUGCUCACCGAAAUCUCAAGCCAACGCUGGGAAUUUGUGACCCCCUCAACACACGAACCAUGCCUUCUGCUGUCAAGGCUGCCUCUGGUCUGGACGUCUUGUGCCACUCCCUGGAGUCCUGGACAGCCAUCCCCUACACCGAGCGAACACCGCGACCAACGAACCCAAUUUUGCGGCCAGCGUACCAGGGAGCCAAUCCGAUUUCGGAUGUCUUCUCUUUCCACGCACUCAAGGCCACUGUGAAGUAUCUCCCUCGUUCUGUGAAAGACCCUGAGGAUUUUGAAGCUCAGAGCGAGAUGCUCUUGGCAGCAACGCUGGCGGGAGUUGGCUUUGGAAACGCUGGAGUUCAUUUGUGCCAUGGCAUGUCGUAUCCCAUCUCUGGCCAGAAUCCAGGUUACACGCACGCUGGCUAUGAGAUUCCAAACCCUCUCAUUCCCCACGGUGUUUCGGUAGCAGUCUCUGCCCCUGCUGUCUUUAGAUUCACUGCACCUUCCAACCCGGAAAGGCAUCUCCUCGCAGCCGAGGCAUUUGGCGUUGACAUCUCCAACGUAAAGAAGGAGAGUGCUGGAGAAGUCUUGGCCGAGGCACUGACCAAAUUCCUUGAGGACUUGGGUGAUCAGCCAAAGGGCCUCAAGGCGCUGGGCUUCGGCAGCGAGCAUAUCGAUGGACUCGUUGAAGGCACUAUUCCUCAAGCGCGAGUAUUGAUGCUCGCCCCCGGCCUUGCCUCUGAGCUGCAAGCUGAAAAGGACCAGCUACGUGCGCUUUUUGAAGACGCCAUGACUCAUUAAUCUAGCAUGGUAUUGGAUGGUCUAUCGGAAUUUGUCUGGGUUACUUGGGAUCAUCUUUCUCAGCAUAGCAAUCUGUUUCACGAUGCUAAGCUUUCGAAGCUCUGGGGUUCCGCGCUUGUCGGUUCGCCGUGUACCAUUUGAAUAGACGACCGUGUUGUCAGGUAGCACAUCGCCAUUAGCAAUAACAGACAAGUGUGAUACCGUACAAUUCUUGCCAAUCUUCGCACCGCUUCCAAUUUUGCUUCCCACCUGGAUGAUGCUGCCCUCGCCGAUUUCCGUGCCUCCAGCCUCGAUAACUGAGCCCGCUUCGAUGAGCACGUAGUCCCCAAGGCUAACACCACCCAUGCCCUUGUCCAGGUUCUCUGAAGCAGCUCCGAGGUGCACGCGCUCUUGGAUGAUACAUCGUCGCCCAACAAGAACGCUGCCGACGCUGGACUCGAUGCGUGAUCGGGGGUGCACUACCGUCUCUGCCUGCAUCGUGAUCGAGUGUGUGCCCUGCAGAACGGCAUUAUCGGAAAUGGUAAGCGACGUAGAAAAGUUGACAGGCGG